GCACAGUCAUCAGAGGAAAGCAUUUAAACCGGAUUAUUAAACCGGAAUAUCAUUGCAUUCAAAAUACCCUUCACACAUUUUUUGUGAGUUUUUCUUUUAGUAUUUAUUUUCUUUGCUGACUCAUUUAAAGGAUAUGCCGGGGCAAAUUCCGAGGGGCUUUUCCCUCCUUUUCUCCUGCUUGUUGCUGGAACCUGUGUUUUCAGUGCACAGUCAGAUGUGUGAACUGAUUCUGGAAAUUGACAAGGAGAGGAAAAUGUGCGAGGCUCAGAUUGAGAACAGAACAACAGGUUGCAGUGGGAUAUGGGACAACAUCACCUGUUGGCCCGGCGCUGACAUCGGAGAGGUGGUUACCAUGCCCUGCCCCCAAUAUCUCCUCUAUUUAUUCGGGGACGUACCCUCACGUAACCUGUCAAAGACCUGCACGGUGGACGGCUGGACCCCAAUCAGCAGGGACUCGUAUAUAACGGACUGCGGUUACAAUCCCAACAACACCGUGGAUGAAAAUGCAGGGAAAUUCUUCAGUGCCAUCAAAGUGGGCUACACCAUUGGUCACAGUGUGUCAAUCAUAUCUCUGACCAUAGCCAUCAUCAUACUGUGUCUCUUCCGGAAGCUCCACUGCACCAGGAACUACAUCCACAUGCAUCUGUUUGUGUCUCUCAUACUCAAAGCCGUGAGCGUUUUCAUCAAGGAUGUCAUCCUGUAUGACGUCGGAGAGACAGAAAAUUGCCAGCCAUCAGUGGGAUGCAAGGCAGUGGUGGCCUUUUUCCACUACGGGGUCAUGGCCAGUUACUUCUGGCUGCUGGUCGAGGGCCUCUAUCUUCACGCCCUGCUGGCCGUCUCCUUCUUCUCUGAGAGGAAGUACUUCUGGUGGUACAUACUGAUCGGUUGGGGUGCUCCAACCAUCUUCAUCUGUGCUUGGGUGAUAACAAAGGCUUAUUCUAACGAGCCUGGAUGCUGGGAAAUGAAUGACGACAACUUUUGGUUGAUCAUCAAAAUACCAAUUUUAGUCACCUUACUUGUGUCUUUUUGCCUCUUCAUUUGUAUAAUCCGGAUAUUGCGGCAGAAAAUGAACUGCCCUGACAUCGGGAGGAAGGAAUCCAAUCAGUACUCGUACGUUUUCAGUGUCAAAUCUCGGCAACUUUAUUGUAACGGUUUGAUUUUGAGCAGUAAGCCUUGUUGUAGCAAAUGCAGCCUUGUCUCUUGCUUCUGUGGACUUCCCUCCACUCCUCACUUUACUGUUGUUUUUAGGAGGCUGGCUAAAUCUACACUGCUGUUAAUACCUCUCUUUGGAAUCAACUACAUAUUAUUUUCCUUCCUCCCUGACCACAUUCACACACAAGUGAGGAUGGUGUUCGAUCUUGUUCUGGGAUCAUUUCAGGGCUUUGUUGUUGCAGUCUUGUACUGCUUCCUGAACGGAGAGGUGCAGUCGGAGAUUAGGCGUAAGUGGCGCAGAUGGAUGCUGCAGAGGUUCCUGGGCGCUGGCACCAAGUACCAGCACCCGUCUACGGGCAGCUGCGGCAACAACUUCAGCACCCAGAUAUCCAUGCUGCCCAAGUGCAGCCCCACCGCACGACGGGCAUCUGAAAGCCAGGAGCACAGCUCUAUAAUCUGACACCCAACCAAACGGUGGCAUCGCUGGAAGUCAAUAUGUUGUCUAAAUACAGAAGUUAUUCUAUUUCUCUGAAAUGUUGGUUGUCAAAGAGGACGAGUGCCCAGGGAUUUUCUUGCCAGAGUGGAGAGUCUUCUGUCACCACAAUGGAAACACACCCUUGCUGAAUGUUGACAUUUUUCAACAAAAACAGGAAAACAGGGAGAAUCUCUGUGGUACUGGAACUUGAUUGCACAGUCAAACCGACGUAUUGGCAAAAAUAUUAGCUUGUUACGGGAGUGUGAUGCUUUGUUGUCGUCACACGUGAAGUCAGCACAACCUGCCACUUUGCUGUUGUGGAAAAUCAGCCACAGCAAAGUUAACCAUUGUAAGAUAACUGGACACUGCAGGCAAGUAGAUCCUUCCAACGGCGCUAAACUAAAAGGAAAAGGCACUCGUGGGACUCAUGCCAGUUUUUUUGUCACAUAGUGCCGAGCGGUGGACGGACGAAGCCAAAGACAAAAUGUUGCACAAGACGAGUCCAGCCACUCAACUGACUUCUGAACGAAGGAGUGGAUUGCGUAACCAUCGUACUGGACGUUCCUAUCUCCCCCGAGACAGUUUUAUGAGGGGCAUACACUUUUUAUGCUGAAUUACAGUCAACUCCAGAGGAAAAACAACAAACAAAACCUAAAACUUGGGAAAUUUAGCUCAUAUCAGAGGCUUUUUGUGCAAUCACUCACAGAUGGACCAGAUGCAUUUUAUUAGUCCACCGUACACUGAACUGUAAUUAAAUAUGUGGUGAAAGUAACUAAGUCCAUGAACUAGAUAGCAUGGUUAGUUCAUUUUAAUGUAUGUAUGUUGUUAUUGUGUUCUGGUGCUGCCAGCAGGUGAGUGGAGUCACUGUCAAGACAAUACUGUUCUCGUCGUCAAUGUUGUCAUGUUUUCACAGGUCUGCACAGUUCCCACAUGACGGACAAUGACUUUCUUUCUAGUUAGUAACACAGUGAGAUUUGUAUUUGUAAUUAUUCUGGACAACUGCCAAACAGACUUCCGCCACAUUUAGUCCGGACAUAUGUGUUUCCCUCAGGACGAAUUAAAACUCCAUUAUAGGCCUGUAACCUGUAACACAUCACAGUGCCAACAUUUUGCUUGUAUAUCAGUUUUUGUUCUCAGUUUAUGUUCUCAUCACCUACUGUGUUUUAGAGCAACAUGUGUUUGUAAGCAUGUCGACUCCUGUGUGGUGUAAACAUAAUUCAUUAAGUUAAAUGAAGUGCUCAAUAUUAGAUUGUAACAUUUAUCUGAAAUCACGUCCACAUAUUUGCCGGCUAUGACAGUAGAGUCAUGUGGGAUUUAUCCGUUUCAUUUCAUUCUUCUUCUUUUGCUUUCUUGUACCAGUGGGUUUAAAAACCACAAAAAGGAAUUAAAAAAAACAACUAACUGUAAAUACCUCAGACUAAAGCACAGCCAAGCACGGCUAUUAUUGUAUAUAAUGCUUAGCUGUAAAUAUGGAUGGGUUUAUUAUGUGUUUUAUGGUGAUACUUUUAGUGCUCAGGUGUCAGCUUGAAAUCAGUGUUUACAUUUAGAUCGAUAUUUGUCACUUGUGGUAUUUUGUGUAUCAUCAAUGUGAAGUUGACUGGGUGUUUCUUAUUUGUGGCUGUGUACUUUUUAAAGAAACAUGUUUGUACUUGUAUGUCACCAUGUGGAGUGAGAUAUGAAGAUGUUGUGGAACAAAUGAAGAAGAAUACAGCCAUUUGCACUGUGGACAUGCAUCCAGGGCCGUCCCUGCUGCGUCAGUCAGUCAUCGCUGUAUUUAGCAUAGUCCUCUUUAUUACUUUUUGAAUCCAGCAUUACGUGUAAUAAAGAUAUUUAAUGAAAUAAUAUACCAAAAAGAAAAUGUACAAACCAGCAUUGUAGCUUCUUAUAAAACAG